AUGGCCCCCAUUGCCAUCUCGCCAGAGCGGGACGGCCAGCUGGAUUCGCUGGCGUCUCUGACUGCCAAGUUCGACGACACACUCCGCUUCUAUCUCAACGGAACCAAAGUCGUCCUCGACGAGAUCGACCCCGAGAUCACAGUCCUCGAGUACCUCAGAGGCAUUGGACUGACUGGAACCAAGCUCGGCUGUGGCGAGGGUGGAUGCGGCGCCUGCACCAUCGUUGUAAGCCAGUUCAACCCUACGACCAAGCAAAUCUACCACGCCAGCGUCAACGCCUGCCUGGCCCCUCUUGUAAGUCUCGACGGCAAACAUGUCAUCACCAUCGAGGGCAUCGGCAACACAAAGAGGCCCCAUCCCACGCAGGAACGGGUGGCAAAGUCCCACGGAAGCCAGUGCGGCUUCUGUACGCCCGGCAUUGUCAUGAGCUUGUAUGCCCUGCUGCGGAAUAACGCAACCCCCACCACGGAUGAGGUGGAGGAGGCGUUUGACGGCAACUUGUGUCGAUGCACGGGCUACAGGUCUAUCCUUGAUGCCGCUCACACCUUUAGCAAGGAGAACUCGUGUGGCAAGGCCAAGACCAACGGUGGUGGAGGCUGCUGUAUGGAAAACGGCAAUGGCAAGCCCGAGGGGGGUUGCUGCAUGGACAAGAUGAACAAUGACCAGCCCAUCAAACGAUUCACCCCUCCAGGCUUCAUCGAGUACAACCCCGACACCGAGCUCAUCUUUCCUCCUGCGUUGAAAAAGCACGAACUACGACCUCUCGCGUUUGGUAACAAGCGCAAGAAGUGGUUCCGGCCAGUCACCCUCGAUCAGCUUCUACAGAUCAAGAGCGUAUAUCCCGCGGCCAAGAUCAUCGGCGGAAGCACAGAGACUCAGAUCGAAAUCAAGUUCAAGUCGCUGCAGUACCCCGUGUCUGUCUACGUGGGAGACAUUGCCGAGUUGCGGCAGUACGAGUUCACGGACGACCACCUUGAAAUCGGGGGCAACGUAACUCUGACCGACUUUGAGCACAUUUGCGAGGAGGCAAUCAAGCGCUACGGACACGAGAGGUCGCAGGUGUUCAAGGGCAUCCUCAAGCAGCUGAAGUACUUUGCUGGUCGGCAGAUCCGGAACGUGGGAACCCCUGCCGGAAACCUGGUGACGGCGUCGCCCAUCUCCGAUCUGAAUCCUGCCCUGUGGGGAGCCAACGCAGUUUUGGUGGCCAAGUCUGCGGCUCAGGAAACAGAGAUCCCCCUUUCACAGUUCUUCACGGGUUACCGAAGAACAGCCCUUCCACAAGAUGCCAUCAUCGCGUCCCUCAGAAUCCCUGUCACGGCGGCCAAGGGGGAGUUCUAUCGAGCGUAUAAGCAGGCCAAGAGAAAGGACGACGAUAUUGCCAUCGUGACCGCCGCACUGAGGGUAAAGCUCGACGACGAUGGCCUUGUUACGGACUGCAAUCUCAUUUAUGGCGGUAUGGCUGCCAUGACUGUCUCGGCAAAGACAGCAGCAGAGUACCUGGUCGGGAAACGGUUCGCCGAGCUGGAGACGCUCGAAGGAACCAUGAGCGCGCUUGGGGAAGAUUUCGACCUCCAGUUCAGCGUUCCAGGUGGCAUGGCAUCGUACCGAAAAGCGCUAGCUCUCGGUUUCUUCUACCGCUUCUACCAUGACGUCCUCGCCAUUCUCAACGGCCAGAGCGAGCACAUUGACAAGGACGCCGUGGACGAAAUCGAACGGGCCAUCUCGACUGGCCAGACCGAUCCUCACUCGGCGGCCGCCUACGAAAAGGAGGUCACGGGGAAAUCGAAUCCUCAUGUUGCUGCACUGAAGCAGACGACUGGUGAGGCCCAGUACACGGAUGAUAUCCCUCCCUUGAGAAAUGAGCUGUACGGAUGCUGGGUGCUGUCCACCAGGGCACAUGCAAAGAUCAAGUCCAUCGACUACUCCGCGGCACUGGACAUGCCGGGCGUGGUCGACUACGUUGACAGGCAAGAUGUGACCUCUGACGCUGCUAAUCGAUUUGGGCCGCCAAACUUUGACGAGCUCUUCUUCGCCGACGGCGAGGUUCUCACAGCUGGCCAGGUCAUUGCCAUGGUCUUGGCUACAUCCGCCUCAAAGGCCCAGGAAGCGGCCAAAGCCGUCAAGGUGGAAUACGAGGAUCUACCCGCAAUCCUAACCAUCGAGGAGGCCAUCCAGCAAGACAGCUUCCAUCCAUGCUACCGCGAGAUCAAGACGGGAGACGUCGAGGAAGCCUUCAAGAACAGCGACUAUGUCUUUACAGGUACUGCGCGGAUGGGAGGCCAAGAGCACUUCUACCUCGAGACCAACGCGUGCGUUGUCGUCCCGAGCCCAGAAGAUGGAGCAAUGGAGAUAUUUGCCAGUACCCAGAAUCCAACAGAAACCCAAACCUUUGCUGCUCGCAUCUGCGAUGUACCGGCCAACAAGGUGGUCGUACGUGUCAAGCGAUUGGGUGGUGGUUUCGGCGGCAAAGAGACCCGGUCCAUCGUUCUCACCGCGUCCGUAGCUCUCGCCGCGAAGAAGACGAAGAGGCCGGUACGCUGCAUGUUGACGCGCGAGGAAGACAUGGUCACCAUGGGCCAGAGGCAUCCCUUCCUCGGAAAGUACAAGGUUGCCUUUAACAAGGACGGCAAGAUUCAGGCCCUGGAUGUCGACAUAUUCAACAACGCGGGCUGGACCUUUGACCUCAGCGCGGCGGUCCUCGAGCGAGCAGCUACUCAUGUCGACGGGUGCUAUCGUAUUCCCAACACUUGGGUCCGUGGCCGGGUCUGCAAGACCAACACCGUCUCGAAUACGGCGUUCCGUGGCUUCGGCGGCCCCCAGGGCAUGUUCAUCAUCGAGACCUGCAUGGAAGAGGCCGCGGAUCGACUGGGCAUUCCCGUCGAGAAGCUGCGCGAAAUCAACCUCUACAAGCCCCUCGAACUGACGCACUUCAACCAGCCUGUCACGGAUUGGCAUGUUCCGCUCAUGUACAAGCAAGUGCAGGAAGAGAGCAACUACCAUGAGCGCAAGGCUACGGUUGAUCGGUUCAACGCGACUCACAAGUGGCGCAAGAGAGGAAUCGCCCUGAUCCCGACCAAGUUCGGAAUCUCGUUCACGGCCCUGUUUCUCAAUCAGGCGGGGGCUCUGGUGCACAUAUACCACGAUGGUUCCAUCCUGGUAGCCCAUGGAGGCACGGAAAUGGGCCAGGGACUGCACACCAAGAUGACGCAGAUUGCCGCGCAAGCUCUCCAGGUGCCCCUGGACAAUGUCUUCAUCUCUGAAACUGCUACCAACACAGUCGCCAACACCUCUUCGACGGCAGCGUCAGCAUCGUCGGAUCUGAAUGGGUACGCCAUCUUCAACGCCUGCCAGCAGCUCAACGAGCGGCUGGCUCCCUACCGAGAGAAGCUGGGCCCGGACGCGACCAUGAAAGAUCUGGCGCAUGCCGCCUACUUUGAUCGUGUCAACCUGUCCGCGCAGGGCUUUUAUAAGACCCCGGAGAUUGGGUACACAUGGGGCGAGAACAAGGGCAAGAUGUUCUUUUACUUUACCCAGGGAGUUGCGGCCGCAGAGGUCGAAGUCGACGUCCUCACUGGCACGUCGACCUGCCUGCGGGCAGACAUCAAGAUGGAUAUCGGCCAGUCCAUCAACCCGGCCAUCGACUACGGCCAGAUCCAGGGGGCGUUCAUGCAGGGACUGGGGCUCUUCACCAUGGAAGAGUCGCUGUGGCUACGCAACGGGGCCAUGGCCGGCAACCUGUUUACGCGCGGCCCCGGCGCGUACAAGAUCCCCGGCUUCCGCGACAUCCCGCAAGAGUUCAACGUGACGCUGCUCAAGGACGUCGAGUGGAAGGACCUGCGCACGAUCCAGCGCAGCAGAGGCGUCGGCGAGCCGCCGCUGUUCAUGGGCAGCUCCGUCUUCUUCGCCAUCCGGCACGCGCUCAAGGCGGCGCGCAAGGACGCGGGCGUCGAGGCGCUGGUGGGGGAGAAUGACGGCGAGGGCCUGCUGAGGCUGGAGAGCCCGGCGACACCUGAGAGGAUCAGGUUGAUGUGCGAGGAUGAGAUUAUGAAGAAGGCCAGGGUUGUUCCGAAGGAGGGUGAGAGGGGCUUCUUUGUGGCUAUAUGA